GAGCUCGCUCUGGAUUAUCCUGCUGUUAUAAAGGAUGCUGAGGCUGCAACCGUGUCGCCCACUUGAACUCAAACUAAAGUACCCGUCAGAAACUGAUGCAACAAGUGCUCAACUAAGAAGGCAAGAGAACCGCAGCGAUGGACCGCUCCAAGCAGAACAAGUACAGCUCAAACGAGAAGAAGGACAACGGGGACGGCGGCUCCGUGCUCAACGGCCACUUUGACGGGAUGGUGAAGCGGGCAGCCGGCGGUCCUCAGGCACCGGCAGCAGAAUCCGCUCCGCACCGGUCGACCUCCGCUGUAAUGGAGAGCUGGAAGGAGGAGCGCACCAGGAGCCUGGAGGACAACGAGAUGAGCUUGCCGUCCCUGGCCGCUGCCUACACCACCAUCCUGCGGGGUCUCGGUGAGAACCCGCAGCGGCAGGGACUCCUCAAAACCCCCUGGAGGGCUGCCACGGCCAUGCAGUUCUUCACUAAAGGCUACCAGGAGAAAAUUAUCGGUGAGUUGUGUUUUUGUUUUUUGUUUUUUAAUCCACAAAGCCGCUCAGAGGUGCCGGGGAUUUGCGCCGCGGUCAACAGGUGUGACAGGAGAAAGAACACGUCCCAAAACUCAGUGCGCAAAGAGCCGAGAGUGCACAUGUGCUCCGUCAGGACCAUCACAGGGAAAUAUAGCACAGUUAGUGAUACUUGA